AUGUUUUGGUUUUUGCAAAGAAUCACAGGUCCAUACGGAUUGGUAUGCACCAUAACUAAGGACUCUAUAUCCAAAGACAAAGGAUUGGAUCAAGCUGGGUCUGCACCAACUUCUAAACCUAAAAGUUUCAAAGCAUCGUCUUUUGCUCAACCAAGUGCUCCCGAAGUAACUAAGCAGCCUAAGAAGCAACAACUGCCGGAAGUUCCUCAAGAAGAUAUUGAUGAUUUUGAAAUAACAAAAUUGACUCAUGGUGAAACUGAUUUAAAAAUCGCUAUAACGAAGAGAGCCAGUGAUAAGUUGAGUAAGAUCGCCCACGAUGAUAAUAAUCCUGAUUCUGCUUUGAGAAUUAGAGUUGAAAGUGGGGGAUGUCAUGGAUUUCAAUACAACCUUGACUUAACCAAUGCUUCACAAGAAUUAGAAAAGGAUUCUGAUUUGUUAAUUUUUGCAAGAAAUGAUGAACAGGGCGCAAAAGUUAUAUUUGAUGAAUCAUCGCUUGAAAUUUUACAAGAUUCAAAGAUAGACUAUACCAAGGAAUUAAUCGGAUCUUCUUUCAAAGUUGUUGACUCUCCAUAUACUUCAACUGAAUGCGGUUGUGGUGCUUCAUUUGAUUUUGACUUUGAUAAAUUACAAAAGAAAUUAGACCAAGAGAAAUCAAAGUAA